UAUUUUCUCGUUGAAAUUUUUUCAAUAAUUCUUAAUAAUUAUAAUUAGCUACACUAUUAUUAAUUGGUCAUUCCUCCCAAUCCAUUUCUCUCGGAAUUGCUUAUUUUAAUAUUGCUUACUUUAAUUUUGUUCGUCGCGAAUAAUUAUAUAUCUGCACGAUAAAUAUAACUGCACCUGACGAAGAGAAAAUCAAGGACGAGCUUGGCUGACCGAGACCUCAAAGUCGAUUACUUCACUCUAUCGUGCAUCGUAAUAUACAGAUGCAUAAUAAAUUAAUGGCCGCUCUUCUAGAUUUUUAGACCUUGGGUUUCAGAAAUUCUGGAAAGUCUUUCAGGAUGAUCUGAACUCCUUUCCUCCUCGUCAGUUUUCCAGCCGAAUUUCCGGCUAAUAAGGGUGUAACGGAGGUCGGAGAAACUUUCUCCAUCAAACUUAAUGCUCGGUGAAAGUGUUUCUUGUACGCGUCUGCGUGUGCAGCGCCGAAUAUCGCCUUCUCUAUCAAUAUCGUUUCUUAAAUGAAACGAUACUGUUGGAUAUUUCGGUGAAACAUUAUUAAAUCAUUGCUUUCCGAAUUAUUUAAUUUACGAACAAAAUGUAUUAUUAAUUCUUAUUUAAUUAUAAAAUAUCUCAAAGCAAAGAGAGAAACUGAUCCGUAAAAUAGAUUAACUCGAAUGCGAUGAGUUUUUUAAUUCAUCUACGUUCUGUAACGCGUAUGAUUAAUAAAAAAAAGGGGGGGAAAACGGAGCAAAUUACUUUCCUUUCAAAGGGAUAAUUAACGUCUGUCGUCGAUACCAUCGGAAUGAAUUGAACAAAGCGUGUCAGUAGUAAGUUUCUCCGUGGGUGGAGAACCGCAACUUUCGAUCUCGUUUUCCCGUCGAAUUCAACGCACUGCUUAGCGGCCGAUUUAUUGAAAUUUUAUGGAAGCAGAUCGGACUUUCUUUCGUCAGGCGCGGCGAAGGUCGCUCUUUUCACCAGCAAACAAGAGUGACGAAUUGCCGAUACGUAUGACGGAAUCAUCGCGCGUAACAGCGAGUUACGAGCCGAUAAAUAACAAUCUUGAAGUUUGCACAUUCUAUCGAACGACAUGUUAACACACGUUAAAGCUGAUAUAAAUUUUACACUCGAGUAUUAUUACCCUCUUUCUGUCAUUAUUAUUAUUCUUCUCAUAAACUUUAUAAAAUAUUCCGCAAACAUAUCUCUAUUUCACUGGUUGAUCUUUAAAAUGAUUGAAAAAAUGUUGGACAAUUGAUAAUAAUUUUCCUAUAAACAUGAUAUUUUAAUGGAUUUUUACGUCCGGCUACGAGAUCCGAGAUGAAUCUGCGAAACAAAAGAAUAUAUUACAACAUUUUACAAACGAGGAAAUAAAACUCGUCGGAUCGCGGUGAGAAAGUUACGUCGCCUGACUAGUGUAUGAAAUUUUAAUCGAGACGUAACGCUUGAACGAAGGUAUCCCAAGUGACAAGUUCCAAGUGCCGAUCAACGGGAUAAAAAGAUCAAUCAUCUUACAUAACAAACAUGAAAAUCUGGUUACCUUCAUCCGCAAGAAAACAAAAUGUCUUCAGAAUGAUUAAAAAAUUGAAUUUGAAAAGCAGAACCCGCGUUUUCCACCUGAAAAUAUCUAGAUGUCAAUGGUUUUAGAAUUAUUUUCCGAAAGCAGCAACUUGUGCUUUAAAAAAUCCUACUCUUUUCAUUCAAAUAAACUUCUCACGAUUUAUAGUUAAUUAUUUGUCAAUAAAAACGUCAAUAAAGACAUUGGCAGAUAGCGAGCAAUCAUUUUCGUAUAGCAAUAGCUUUUGUGACAUGUUUCAGUUAAAAGUUAAAUUAUUUUGCAGCAACGUACAAUGUGGGUUCUUAAUUGACGCUGAUGAUCGGUUCCCUUCUCUUGCUGAGUAUUUUUUCUUAUUCCUUUCGCCAAGGAGAGGGGCGAGGUCGUACUUCAGCGUCAAGUAUCUAUACACUUAUGUAUUGAUUAUCUGCAUUCCAAUAUCGGAAAGUAAUUGUUAUCAUUAUCUUCAGUUAACGUGUGCAUUUUUUAUUUUCUCUCUUCUUAUUAUUAUUAUAUAUAUUUUAUCAUUCAAACGUAUCCCACCUUUGAUUGUCCGAUCAGAAUUUCAAAAUGAGCUGAUAUUUUGCUAUGUUUAUGUGUACAUAUUAUAUCGCAAUUUUUAAAUAUUUAAAUUAAUUGCAUAUGCUAAUGAUUCUUAAUAGAAUUAGUCUCUUCUAUCUAUUUAUCUAUUGUUGAAUGGUUGAAUAGUGGAAAGUAAAGGAAGAGAAACGGCGUGAAGAAAGGGUGUGAUUCGUUUCCCGCCGGUGAUCUUCCGGGAUGAUUGGCAGAUCGGAUUAGUUUCAAUUCACGCUACAUUAUGCAUUCCGUCUAUCGCAUGUUUUGCGUUUAAUCAACGCGAUCUUGAUUCUACAUAUCGCGAUACAUGCAUAUCGGAGCACAUCCCACUUCCUCAGAAAUUGCGUCCCGCAAUUAUGCUUUCUUAAUUCGCGCCGCGAAAGUUUCAAUCUUGCGAGUUUCACGGUGCAUCUGUUUUUUCUUUCCUUCUUCUAAAUUUCAAUGUAAAAAAAGAACUGAUUCCCCUUAAAUUAGUCUUGAAUGAUUUUUUAAUUAAUCUUUAAUUGCGAGGAGCGAUCGUGAGAUUAGCCAUUCUCAUUGGCGAUCAAAAGAUACGCGAGGGUAGCGAUUUGUAACUCUGACAGCAAUAGUCAAUUUUAAUUCUUAAUGGCCUGAGUUUUUAAUUCAUCAAAAGAUGUUUUCUUUUCCACAAUUAUUUAAUUACCAUAAAUUUUCUCAAAUUCUUGGCCAAAUUUAAAUAGAAAUUACGUAAAACAAAAAAUUCUUACAGUUUUCAGACUUUAGUUGACAAGAUUUUUUAAAAUUUAUACCCAUGUUCUCUCAGUUAUUUGAUUAUAAUAAGGCCAACUCUCUUCGCAUCAAUAAUUCUUCAUCGCAUUUAAAAUGCGCUUUGUCAAGGACUUCCAAACAGGUGCAUCCUGCGGGAAUGCGACGGUGUAGCCGCAAGGAGUCUCCCACUACUUUGAGAGGACCGAAUUCACCUCAUCUGGUGGAGGUAACUUUCAGCGGAAUACGCUAUAUAAGAGAGUAACAUGUCGGCCGGCCAAGAUAAAGCGAGCGCGUGUUGUUGAUCUUCCACGGUGUUUUGCUGUCCACGGUGUUUUGCUGUCCGAACUAUCCCGCUACCUUCAUCACACCUGACAGGAUGUACUGGAUGUUCCUGGGGUUGCUGGGCUCCGCCAUUGCGGCGCAGAGUUCUUACGAUUUAGAGACCAGAGCGGUUUCGUUUCCCGGGAAGCCGAACAACUUGGGGCCGCUGUACUCGACUGGCUUGAGCCCCACGCAAGGAUUCCGCGAUAACAGCUACGAGGACAAUGCGGUCACGCCAACACCGUCGCCGACGCCAAUCUACAGGAGUUCUAAUCAACCGCUGUAUCGCAAGCCAACGGCAGCUUCAAUAGACCGCGAUUAUCAAUCGGCUAUCCGCGUCGGUCCUCCACCGCGCACUUCCGGUCGCGGCCAGCUCCAAUACGGACCCAACGGGCCGACGCAGGAGGAACUUGAGGAGGAAAAGGAAGAGCCCGAUCGUCUCAGUCUUCUUCUGCCCCAAAGCAGAUUUGACUGCGUCAACAAGCAGACCGGUUAUUACGCCGAUGAAGAUCUCAAUUGCGAGGUCUUCCAUUAUUGCCAGGACAACGCAAGACACUCCUGGAUCUGUCCCGAGGGCUUCACCUUCCAUCAGGUGCACUUAAUCUGCAUGCCUCCUAGCGGCGACAUCAGCUGCAAGAAGAGCUCCCAGUACCACUUCGUCAACGAGUACCUGUACAAGCCGCUGAACCUGCAGGAGGCCGAGAGUAAGCCCAACGUCACUCUGAGAUACAGCGAGAGGUACUACCCCUCCGAUAUCUACCAAGACGAGCGGGAGGUCGGCGAUUAUCAGAUCACUCCCACGCCCGCUCCGGUGCGCCGUCCUGCCCCACAGGUCUUUGUGAACCCGCAGUCCGCAAGUUUGAAUAGCAUUCCAACUUCGGCCCGUCCGCAGCCCGCAGGACUCCCGCAGUUUCGUCUCCCGGUGAAUCAGGUAUUCCACAGCCCCGAGGAAGUAAACAUCCCUCUUCAGCACAGACGACCGCAGCCGCAACAGCACCAAGCUAUUAGACGAUAUCCUCAGAUCCAGUCCGACGAGGAGGAAUAUGAGUAGAUCUCCUUAUGUCUUUAGAAUUCUAUGAAUUUUUCAAUUUACACGAAUUUUUCGCAUAGUCCUCAAAUCAUUUUUGAUACGCAUCUCUCCAUUUACGUUUUUAACUUCUUAAUUACCUGUAAACCUGCGCAUUGUUAAAUUAUUAGCGGCUUUAUAUAUUAUUGUAUUCUUAGAAGCACUUACAGAUAAAGAAAAAAACUGUCGAGAAAAAUUUAUAUUAUAAAAUGGACGACUUUUAUAACGUAUGCAUUUAUUUAAAGAUAUCAUCGAUGUCCAUUUGCGUAUGCAAAGAUAAUUUCAUUCGUGGCGCAAUUAUUGUGACGAUAAUUUAAUUAUUGUAAAUAAACGAUAUAUAUAUCAGUGAUAAUUAAAUGAUACGCUAAGUUUGUCUAUACUUGUAACCGUGUAACUGACUUUAAGAAUUGAUGAGAAAAAUGAUGGCUAAUAAAUUGUUAUUGCGUUA